AUGGUCUUUAUAUUCUCAAAACGCCUCUAUCGGUCUUCGCAGACCGUUACCGUCGUCGGGCAGCAGGCUUACAUCUUUGGAGGCGAACUGGUGCCGCGACAGCCCAUCGACAAUAAGCUUGAUGUGGUCGAAAUUUCCAAUGAGUCUGCUUCUGCGCAGACGAUUGCUCCGACCGAAGCUCCCGUCCCCCGAGUCGGCAGCGCCAGCACCGCCCUUCUGGGCAAGAUAUGGAUGUUUUCUGGACGCGGCGGUCUCGACAUGGCGCCUCUAGAGGAACAUGGAUCGUUUUGGUGCUAUGAUCCCAAGGUGUCGAACUGGACGCUCAUCAAGCCCGCUGCGGCGCCCUACCCAGCUGGAAGAAGUUAUCACUGUUUGACGUCAGAUGGCGCCAAUACGAUAUUCAUGCAUGCUGGAUGCCCAGAGUCCGGCCGUUUGUCCGACUUUUGGUCUUUUGACGUCAAGACCAAGUCCUGGUCUGAGCUGCCCUCUGCGCCCGGCCCAGCCAGAGGCGGUGCGUCCAUUGCCUACACUCAGGGCAAGGUGUAUCGCAUCAACGGAUUUGACGGCAAGAUGGAAUUGGGCGGAGUUAUUGACGUUUUCGACACCGUCUCGCAGUCGUGGACCACAGUUGCGUACGCGGCAGAUGGUGUCCAGGGGCCGGAGGCACGGAGCGUCGCCACCUUGCAGCCGCUUACCGUCCGCGGCAAGGCGUACUUGAUCACCAUGUUUGGCGAGCGAGAUCCCAGCGCUCUUGGACACGCUGGCGCGGGCAAAAUGUUGUCUGAUGCCUGGGCUUGGGAUGUUGAGCAGUCAAAGUGGCACAAGCUGCAAACGGAUGGCGCUCCUGAGCCCCGCGGGUGGUUUGACGCCGAUGUCGCCAAUGACGAAGUCGGCGGCACUAUUAUUUUGCACGGCGGCAUUAACGAAGAAAAUAAGAGAUUGGGAGAUGUAUGGAGAUUAAGCUUCUAA